AGAUCUGCUCUUCUCUAGCCGGUGGGGACAGGAAGCGGACUCUGUUCCUAACUCUCCCUGCUUGACACCAACUUUAGCCUUAGGAACAACAUUAAAUCGACCAAGUGUAAUUCUUCGCUUCUACCCCACUGUUAACAAUUCUGAGAAGAGGCGGUCUUGUGCCCACCAACUGCCAUGAAGUGGGGCUGGGUGUUUUUGGGGGUCUUCCUCACCUUGGGGGCCCUCGCCUGGGGGGAGAAGGGCUUGGAAAUCCCUGAGUAUGAUGGCAGAGACCGCGUCCAUGAACUCCAUGCCAAGAACUACAGGUCCGUCAUGAAGAAGUAUGACGUGAUGGUGAUCUACUACCAUAAAAAUGUGCAGGGGAAUCGCAGUGCCAUGAAGCAGUUUCAGAUAGAGGAGCUGGCUUUGGAGCUUGCAGCCCAAGUUCUGGAUGAUCUUGAUGACGAGGACAUUGGAUUCGCACUGGUUGAUGAAAAGAAGGGCUCUGCUGUUGCCAAGAAACUGGGUCUGGAUGAGGUGGAGAGCAUCUACAUCUUUGCCGACAAUGAGAUUAUCGAGUACGAUGGAGAACUGGCUGCAGACACUCUGGUUGAGUUCCUCUAUGACGUCAUUGAGGACCCUGUGGAGAUCAUUGACAAUGAACGUGAGCUUAAGGGUUUCUACAACAUGGAAGACACCAUGAAACUGGUUGGAUUUUUCAAGAGCGAGAAAUCCCCCCACUUCAUUGAAUAUGAUGAUGCCGCUGAGGAGUUUCAUCCAUUCGUCAAAUUCUUUGCAACUUUUGACCCCAAGAUUGCCAAGAAACUGAAGCUGAAGAUGAAUGAAGUCGAUUUUUAUGAGCCUUUCAUGGAUGAACCUUCCACCAUUCCCGGAAGACCUUACACUGAGGAUGAGCUUGUCGAUUACAUUGAAGAGCAUGACAGGCCUACUCUGAGGAAGCUGGAGCCUCACAGCAUGUAUGAGAUCUGGGAAGAUGACAUUAACGGAGAGCACAUUGUUGCCUUUGCUGAGGAAGAUGACCCAGAUGGCUUUGAAUUCCUGGAAAUCCUGAAGGAGGUGGCACGCGAGAACACAAAUAACCCCAACCUCAGCAUCAUUUGGAUUGACCCAGACAGUUUCCCCCUGCUGGUUCCGUACUGGGAGAAGACUUUCCGCAUCGACCUUGCUUCUCCUCAGAUUGGCGUGGUUGAUGUUGAGGAUGCUGAUAGCGUGUGGAUGGAAAUGGACGACGAUGAUGACAUGCCCACAGCUGACGAACUGGAGCAGUGGAUUGAUGACGUCCUGUCUGGAAAGAUUGACCCAGAUGAUGAUGAUGAUGAUGACGAUGAUGACGACGAUGAUGAUGACGACGAUGACGACGACGACGACGACGACGAUGAUGAUGACGAUGACGACGACGACGACGACGACGAUGAUGACGACGAUGACGAUGAUGAUGAUGAUGACGAUGACGAUGACGACGACGAUGACGACGACGAUGAUGAUGACGAUGAUGAUGAUGAUGAAUAAAUGUUAUGUUCCCUAUGCUCUAAUGGCAAAAACCUAAAGUAUCAAUUUUUUUUUAACAUCUUGCAGCAAACAACUUCCUGUUUGCUUUCUGUAUGGUUUCCUGUGAAACCACAACCGGGAUAAAUAUAAUGACAUAAUGGGAAGCUUUUACCAUCAGUUAGGGAGGGAGAUUUUUCAAGAAGCUAAGGAUUUGCAUCUCUAAUGAGGAGCAAGUUUACAAGCUUCAAUGAGUUUCUGUAUAUGUCCUUUGUAACUGUAUUAAAAAUAAUGUUCACAGUGAACAUGAAUGAUUACAUGAAGUAAGUGAAAUCUGACAUGUACCAACACCACACAGGUCGGGGUUCACCCUUCGCUCCUUUUCUCCAAUUCACUGUAUUUCUGUUUCAAUGACAUGUUUUUUACUUCACGACGAGAAGAAACACACAUUAUGUACAAUUUUUAAAGGGAAUAAACCAGGACUCACUGGACAGUCUUAAGAUUAUCACAGUAUUGGAAGAUGAUGCAAUUCCAGAGAAUAGAAAAUAAUUAUGUUUUUCUUCUCUCUUAUUAAAAAGUGAAAGACAAAAAUGUAACAGUUUGUUG